GGUUGAAAGGUGAACGGGAGUCGUCCAUUUGUCUCGACACUCCUCGCGUCACGUCAAUGCAGGCACGGCCGGCUAUCGAAUAAAGUAGCUUAAAACUUGGUGUCAAUCAUGCAGUGGUGCGACAAUGACUAUUUUCAAAAAGUUGGCGAAGACUUUGUGCAGUGGUACUACAACCAGUUUGAUAACACCAACAGGAUGGAACUGGUUAACCUUUAUGCUGAAGGUGCUACUCUGACAUGGGAAGGAACCCUCUUCAGUGGGAGAGAAGCCAUUGCCGGAAAACUGACUGGCAUGCCGUUCCAGCAAAUUAAGCACAUUAUCACAGACCACGAUAUCCAGCCCACAUUCGACAAAAGCAUCCUCGUCAUGGUGUUUGGACAGUUAAAGGCUGACAACGAUUUACCGUUGGCCUUCCACCAAGUGUUCAUGCUGAAGCCGCUGAACGGCAACUGGGUGUGCACGAACGACGUGUUCCGCCUGGGUUUACACAACAUACCCGUGGAGUCGCAAUAGCGGACAAGCCUUCAAACAAGUCCCUCAGUGUUUUCCCCCGCCCACUUGUUCAUCCCAUCCUCUUCGUAUGUCAUGUCAUAGUUUUCACGAAGAGUUAACAAAAACAAAUUUUUUUUUUCAGACUA